UCGAAAAAAGGUUAAGCAACUGGAAUCAUAAUGGAGCCUCAACCGAGCGCAACUUGUGACGGCUGCGACCUUUGGGGCAACGGAAUAACUGGCUGCCGCUACAAGUGCCUGCAGUGCGCCGACUUUGAUUUGUGUCAGAGCUGCUAUGACGCCAAGGUGGUGAGUGGGCGGCACAAGUCGGAGCAUCCAAUGCAGUGCCUGCUGGACGAGGAUGCUAAGAAGCUGUACUUUGCCGGGGAGCCAAUUCCCUAUCUGAACGCCGAUAGCUUCACUUGCCCCAUCUGCGGCACCAUGGGCCAUUCGUACCACGAACUUGUGAAGCAUGUGGUUGCCCAGCACAACGACGACCGCAGCGACGCCAUCUGUCCACUGUGCGUGGCCGUGCCCAUGGCCCCACCCGACCGCUUGCUCAAAAUUUCGCAGCACUUUCGCCGUCAGCAUCGCGAGCCGUCGAACAUUCGCGAUGCCGUUGCCAGUGCAGGGGAGGAGUCGGGAACAUCCGACAUUGCCGAUCGCUUCUCCCGUCUCUCUUUAGGAGAGGCUGCGCGCUCCAGACUGCCAAUACGUCAUCUGCUCGUCCGUGUCACUCGGCCAUCCAAUCGCUUGCCCCCCGAUACUAGCAGCGAGGAGGACUAAGCUGCCUAAGCAAAUCUGUUCCGCUAAAGAUGUGGAGGAUCUACACCUACAGAGAUCAACGCACACCGCCUACACACACUAUGCAUAUCUGUACGGAUCCACUGUCUCCACGCACACAUUAAUACACAUACACGAACACUAAAUAUGCAUACAAAUGAACGCCGCAACUAUGCUGGAAAGUUUUCGUUCUAUUUGAAUGCAUUUUCUUGGACAUUUUUGCUGCUACACACAUACACAUACACAUACACAUACCAGGAGAUACACUGCCACAAAAGAACUUACAAAAUUCAUGUUCAGACAUUCAGUAAUCAAUUGUAUCCCAUGAAAAUUACUGCACUACGCUACAGAUGCUUUGUACUUCCCAUGAGGGCUUGCGUUAGUGGUAGUAAAAA